AUGGCCCCACUUCCCCCCGGCAUUCGCUUCAUCGUCUCGUUCUCCAGGGAUCAGUGGUACAGAGCCUUCAUUUUUAUUUUGACAUUUUUGCUGUAUGCAAGUUUUCACUUAUCUCGAAAGCCUAUCAGCAUAGUUAAGGGUGAGCUGCACAGCCACUGCACGGCUUCAUAUGAGGGGGAGGUCGGAUUCAACAGCCAGAGCCCAAAAGCCGGGGACACCCCGGCUCACCAGCUCCCAGACAACAGGACCGACUGUGGCUGGGCCCCAUUUGAUCAGGACAACUUCCAGCAGCUGCUCGGCGCCCUGGACUACUCCUUCCUGUGUGCGUAUGCUGUUGGCAUGUACCUGAGUGGCAUAAUAGGGGAACGCCUGCCAAUUAGGUAUUACCUAACUUUCGGAAUGGUGGCCAGUGGUGCUUUUACUGCCCUGUUUGGGGUAGGGUAUUUCUACAACAUCCACAGUUUGGGAUUCUACGUGGUGACCCAGAUCGUCAACGGACUGGUACAGACCACCGGCUGGCCCAGCGUCGUCACCUGCCUCGGCAACUGGUUUGGAAAAGGGAGGCGAGGUUUGAUUAUGGGAGUCUGGAAUUCCCACACUUCUGUGGGCAACAUUCUGGGGUCCUUGAUCGCUGGCUACUGGGUGUCCACAUGCUGGGGCCUGUCCUUCGUCGUGCCUGGGGCCAUCGUGGCAGCCAUGGGGAUAGUGUGCUUUCUCUUUCUCAUUGAACAUCCUAAGGACGUCGCCUGCUCUUCCUCCCCGGCCGUGCAUCCAAAAGGCUACGAGAACGGCACGCACAGAUUUCGGCUGCAGAAGCAAGCGCUCACCGAAGAGAGGAACAAACCUCUGGACCCAGAGAUGCAGUGCUUACUGCUGUCGGAUGGAAAGCGCUCCGGCCACCAGAACCACGUGGUCAUUCUCCCGGCAGAUGGCGGCAGCGGCAUCACAGCCAUCAGUUUCGUAGGAGCCUUGAAAAUUCCUGGCGUGAUAGAGUUCUCUCUGUGUCUGCUGUUUGCCAAGCUGGUCAGCUAUACUUUCCUCUUCUGGCUUCCACUGUAUAUCACAAAUGUAGAUCACCUUGAUGUCAAGAAGGCCGGCGAGCUCUCCACCUUGUUUGAUGUGGGCGGGAUCUUCGGUGGGGUCCUGGCAGGUGUGAUCUCCGAUCAACUAGGGAAGAGGGCCUCCACCUGCGGCCUCAUGCUGCUACUUGCAGCCCCGACGCUCUAUGUAUUCUCUGCCAUCAGCAAAAUGGGUCUAGAAGCCACCAUCGCCAUGCUGCUCCUCAGCGGGGCCCUGGUCAGCGGGCCAUACGCACUGAUCACGACCGCCGUCUCUGCCGACCUGGGGACUCAUAAAAGUCUGAAGGGAAACUCCCACGCCCUGGCCACCGUGACCGCCAUCAUCGACGGAACUGGGUCUGUAGGAGCAGCACUGGGCCCACUGCUGGCCGGGCUCCUCUCCCCGUCGGGAUGGAGCAACGUGUUCUAUAUGCUGAUGUUUGCAGACGCCUGUGCCUUAGUGGUGAGUCAUCUUGCUUUUCAGCCAAGCAGCUUUCACGAGUGUCUCUGUGGCUGUCGGCCAAACACCGGUGGCACUUUUUCCUGCGGACUCCUGGGGCUCUUGGCAGAGUUUGGGCCGGUGACAGACCCCUAA